AUGCGUCUGGCUCAGACUCAAAAUAAACUAAGGGCUGCACUCGACACUAAUCUCAUAAAUCUCGACGCUGAAUCAACUUACCCUCAUCUAGAAAGUGCAACAUCGCCUACCGAGCUUUCGAAAAUUGACAAGGAGAUCAAAUCACCAAAAUGGCGCCAUCCAUCAUUGCCUGUGCCGCGCCUCCGUCUAACUAUUGACAUUGCUGCUCCUCGCCUCCUCUUCCCUGAUCGCUUAUGGCAUCAAGUCUCUGAUCGCAGUUCUCUUGGAUCCUCUUCCUCUGCAGGAGUAGUUCCACCUCCACCUAUGCCUUUCGGCUCCACGGAUACUUUUGACUUUAUUAAUUGUGGUGGUGUAACCUGUUUACUCUGUGAUUUCGGUCGUUUCCGCCUUUUCAACUGGGGCUAUUUGAACGAAACAAAUCAAGAACUCAUGGGUACAAAUGGGCCUAGUCUGUCGAAGAAAAAUGCAACCCAAAAAUCUUCUAGAAAAGCCUCAUUUCCCCCAAAUCGUUUUUACGAGGGUAAAAAUCAAACUGGCUUGGUGAGUUCAAGAUUCAGUGCCUUAUAUCUCAAUGCAAAUAUAAUUAAGAGGACACUAAUUCACUCCUAA